AUGGAUGGAAAACGCAUUGCCCUGAAGGCCCCAGCUAACAGUUGUUCUACGUUUUUCAAUUACAAGCAGUUCCACAGCAUCAUACUCAUGGCUGUUGUGGAUGCUCACUAUCGAGUCAUUAUGUCCGAUGUAGGAGUGAAUGGCCACAACAGCGAUGCAGGAGUGUUUGCUAGUUCUGCAAUAUCCUCAGCACUAGAAACAAACACCUUGCAUAUUCCACCUGAGCGAGCGCUACCAGGACGAGCCACAGCUAUACCACAUGUCAUUGUUGGAGAUGAGGCGUUCCCAUUAAAGUCUCAUCUGAUGAAGCCAUAUCCAGCAAGAGGCUUAAAAGAAGAACACAGAUUAUUUAAUUACAUACUAAGUCGGGCCAGGCGGGUAUCUGAAAAUUGCUUUGGCAUUCUUGUUAACCGCUUUGCUGUCCUUAGUCACGAAAUGAAUCUUGGACCAGAAACAGCAACCACUGUGCUUUACACAACUUCCUGCGAACUGAAUGCGAUGUUCGAUAUUCACAGGACGUCAGAAGACCAAAUAUAA